CCCCUCUCUUCUUGGCCUGCAGUUUAUGCAUAGCAACGAAAUCGUUAUUUAUUCCAAAUCACAAAAGUGAUAAUAAACACAAAUACACCUUAAAAAGUGCGAAUAAUUCAAAUUAUUAACAAAUUUAAGUACUGAGAGUUUAUGGCUUAAAAACGUCUACAAUAAAACUAUUAAUGAGGUGCUUUAAAUAAAUAAAUAUGGUAAUAAUAAUUUAUUAUUCGAUAUCAUCGACGUUAGCAUCGAAGAUUUUCCACCUCUAAGCGCCUCCAAGCUGUUUAUUUAGUCGUCUCCAAACUCAAAAAAGUGUAAAUUCAUAGAACCAAACGCGAUUGUCUAAAACGCCCCGAUGGUUUGACGGCUAAGCUGCAAAUCGACGUGCGGUUUGUGUAAAGAUAUAAAUUGUGGCAGCAUCAACUUCACCAGAUAUAAAAAUAAAUUAAAAGUCUCCCGCAAAAAAAAAACCAAAACAAAAUCAAGACUCCUGUAAAACCAGAAAACCCCAAACGUUAAAUGCACUCAAAGACUUAAGUGAAACAAUAAAAAAACAAUCAAUCAGUCGAAUAGAAUUAAAACAUACGCCACGAUAACGCCAACUAAAUCCACCAUGUACCGCAUCAGUCCAAUUGGACGGAAAUCAAACUUCCACUCGCGCGAGAAAUGUCUGAUUGGACUCGUCCUUGUAACGCUGUGCUUCCUCUGCUUCGGCGGCAUCUUCCUGCUGCCGGAUAACUUCGGCAGCGAUCGCGUUCUGCGCGUCUACAAGCACUUCCAGAAGGCCGGACCCGAGAUCUUCAUUCCCGCUCCGCCCCUCGCCGGCCACGCCCCCCAUCGCAACGAGGAUCCACAUUUCAUUGGCGAUCGCCAGCGUUUGGAGCGAAAGAUCCGUGCGGAAUUGGGUGAAAUCCUGGAUGAACCACCGGCAGCCGGGGGCGCAGAGUCUGGAGCGGCGGGUGGCGGCGGAGCAGGGCAGGCGAUGGCCCAACAGGCUCAGGCUCCCGCUCCCGUGGCCGCUCUAGCGGAUCAGCAGGAGGAUCAGCAGCGGGGCGCCGGCGACGAGGGUCAGCACGCCGCCAUUCCCGUUUUGGCCGCUCCAGUUCAGGGAGACAACGGCGACAGUCAGGCCUCCCAACCACAGAGUUCCGCCCAGCACAAUCAACCUCAAUUGCCAUUGGGAGGCGGCGGAAAUGAUCAGGCACCGGACACACUGGAUGCCACGCUGGAGGAGCGACGUCAGAAGAUCAAAGAGAUGAUGGAGCAUGCGUGGCACAACUACAAACUGUAUGCGUGGGGCAAAAAUGAACUGCGUCCGCUGUCGCAGCGUCCCCAUUCGGGCAGUAUCUUUGGAUCCUACGAUCUGGGCGCCACCAUUGUCGACGGCCUGGAUACCCUGUAUAUCAUGGGACUGGAGAAGGAAUAUCGCGAGGGUCGCGACUGGAUAGAGCGCAAAUUUUCACUGGACAACAUCAGUGCGGAGUUGAGUGUUUUCGAGACGAACAUUCGAUUUGUGGGUGGCAUGCUGACACUGUACGCCUUCACGGGGGACCCACUGUACAAGGAGAAGGCCCAGCACAUCGCGGAUAAGCUGCUGCCCGCCUUCCAAACACCCACAGGGAUUCCCUACGCACUGGUCAACACCAAGAGCGGCGUGGCCAAGAACUACGGAUGGGCCUCCGGCGGCAGUUCCAUCCUUUCCGAAUUCGGCACCCUUCAUCUGGAGUUCGCCUAUCUGAGCGACAUUACCGGGAACCCACUGUACCGCGAACGAGUGCAGACCAUCCGCCAGGUGCUCAAGGAGAUUGAGAAGCCGAAGGGCCUGUACCCCAACUUUCUCAAUCCCAAGACAGGCAAAUGGGGACAGCUCCACAUGUCCCUGGGUGCCUUGGGCGACAGCUAUUACGAGUACUUGCUGAAGGCCUGGCUGCAAUCCGGCCAAACGGACGAGGAGGCUCGCGAGAUGUACGAUGAAGCGAUGCUGGCCAUUAUGGACAAUAUGGUGCGAACCAGUCCGGGCGGACUGACAUACGUCUCUGAUCUCAAGUUCGAUCGGUUGGAGCACAAGAUGGAUCAUCUGGCCUGCUUUUCGGGUGGCCUUUUCGCUUUGGGAGCUGCCACACGUCAAAAUGAUUAUACGGACAGGUACAUGGAGGCGGGCAAGGGUAUUACGAACACCUGCCACGAGAGCUACAUUCGAGCCCCCACACAGCUGGGUCCCGAGGCCUUCAGAUUCAGCGAAGCGGUGGAGGCGCGAGCACUGAGAUCGCAGGAGAAGUACUACAUUCUCCGGCCGGAGACCUUCGAGAGCUACUUCGUGCUGUGGCGCCUCACGCACGACCAGAAGUACCGCGACUGGGGCUGGGAGGCGGUCCUCGCCCUGGAGAAGCACUGCCGCACGGCGCACGGAUACUGUGGCCUGCGCAACGUCUACCAACAGGAGCCGCAGAAGGACGACGUCCAGCAGAGCUUCUUCCUCGCCGAAACGCUAAAGUACCUGUACUUGCUGUUCUCGGACGACUCUGUGCUGCCGCUGGACGAGUGGGUGUUCAACACGGAGGCCCAUCCGCUGCCGAUCAAGGGGGCGAAUGCGUACUACAGACAGGCGCCCGUAACGCUCCCGGUUUCGAAUGCCUCGUAAGCGGGCGCCACGCUGCGCCGCUGGCUUUUCGGCCUGUCCCUAGCAAUGCACCUUACUUAGCUCUCGAUACUUGCACACGUAUACGUGUACCAGAUCGUAACUCUUUUUUUUUCUUUGGGUAUAAGUUUUUAGUUAGUUUACGUGAUGUAAUGACAACUGCGUACGCAAGAUAUUGUAUGAAUACAAUCAGCCAGGCACACACACACACACACACACACGACACGAGAAACUUUCAAUGUAACAUAUUUAUAAAGCUUGCACAUAUAUAGGAACUUAAACUUAAACGAAUAUAUCGUAGUUUAGUCCAUAACUGUUUGCACAAGUUUCUCCGAGUCUCUCCUUUUGAUUUACCUAAUGGAAUAUUAUAAUCCAAAUAUUUGACAGAGGUGGACGGUGGGGCAGACCUCAAUUUCCAUUUAAAUGCGAAUAAUGUAGACGUAGGCAAACACUCUUGAUAUUAAUUAUGAUAUGAUAUAUGAUAUAUAUGUGUAAAUGUAAAACUCAGGUGUUCUAAUUAUGAUUUUCCUUGCGCUCACACAAGGCUCUUUCGCACUAACCAGCUACGUAACUAUCUCUACAAGCAUUCUACACGCUAUUCUCGAUCUGCGACUAUAUCUCUCUGUGGAUUUAUGGCGACUAUAGCGGGCAUUUCGACAGAUCUACUCUGCUGAUUUCCAAUUCGAAUCUUUGACCACUUUGUUUUGUACAUAAUUUCUAUUGACUUUCCUCGCAAAAUGAAGGCAGAAGAAAAUCGAAUUGAUAUUUAUACAAAUAUAUUCUUACACAAUAUAGUUUACUUUGUAGCCUAAAUAUUUAAAUAUAAAUCUAAUAUAUAGUCUAGCUUACUUUAUGUGACGAAACAAAUGUAACGCGAAAUACCUUAAAUCCAGAACAUCAAGCGAGACGAAAGUAAAGAAAAUAUUUAUAAAAAUAUAAUUAAAUAAAUAUAUAUUUGUAUUUAAUUAAAUCAAGUAAAACGUAGGCAAUUGUUAAAAUAAAUGAAUUAUACGAAGGCACGUGCCGAGCAAAUGGUAAUUUAAUUUUUAACAACUGUAAAGGUUUUUUAUAAUAAUAAUACCAACAAUAAUCAUAUUAAUAAUUCUAUGAAUAACUGUAACCCUUAGUCUAAGCCACAAGCAUCGCAUGAUAAAUGAAAUAUAGAAGUUAUUCAAUUGUUUUUUUUUUUUUAACAUACGCAGCUUGUGCUGUGUAAAGUGAUUUAAUAAACGUAAAAAUAAUAUAUAACAUAGGCUAAGACACUAAUGUAAAAUCGAAGAAUUUUAAACAAACAUUUUAACGAAAAAAAUAAUAUCAAAUUUAAUUAAAUUAAAUCGAAAAAAUGGAAAACAAAAACAGCAUAAAACAGGCGAAAAUGCUACACAAAAAUAGGGCGCUAAAAAGUAAAAUCGAAACUAACUAAGCAUAAAUUUAGUGUUUACAGCAACCUUUUUUUGUUUAGAUCAAAUUAGAAUCGAGGCAAAUAGCGAGAUGUAUAUUAUAUAUCGAAUGAUAAUGCCUAAUACCCAAAUUCAUACGGCAGUUUGUAAAUGCAACAUAUAUACAUUCAUCAACUGCAGUCCCUGAGCUGCUGGAGAUGACAACUGUAUUUUGCAUAAAUCAUAAGUUUAAUAAAGAUCUAAUAAUUAACUUA